GAGGCCCCCCUGCACCUCGCCGGCUUCCACCUGCCCAGCAAGCACAAGCGCCCGGCAAAAGGCCAGCAUCAGCCCAGCCCCGAAAGGAGCACCGUCCCAUCGGAGAGCGACGAGUUCAGCUCCUUCCUCUACUGGCGAGCCCCCCUGCCCAGCAUCGAGGAGGAACUGCAGGAGCUGCUGAAAGCUCAAGCCAUCUCCGUUAGCCCAGAGGCCACUGAGGAGCACCGGAGUUCUGAGGAUGGGGCCAGUGCUGAGGAAGACGAGGAGGAGAGUGAUGAUGAGGGUUGGAUAACACCCAGCAACCUCAAGCAGGUCCAGCAGGACACAGGGCACUGUGACACUGCUCCCGUUGGCGUCCAGGUCGGCUGCGUCACCACUGACUUUGCCAUGCAGAACGUGCUGCUGCAGAUGGGCCUCCACGUGCUGGCGGUGAACGGCAUGCUGAUCCGCCAGGCCCGGAGCUACAUCCUCCGCUGCCACGGCUGUUUCAAGACCACUUCAGACAUGACCAAGGUUUUCUGUCCCCACUGCGGUAACAAGACCCUGAAGAAGGUCGCAGUGAGUGUCAGCGAUGACGGGAGCCUGCACAUGCAUUUCUCCCGCAACCCCAAAGUGCUGAACCCCCGAGGGCUCCGGUACCCGCUGCCGGCCCCAAAAGGAGGGAAGCACGCAAACAACCCUCACCUGGUGGAAGAUCAGCCCUUCCCGCAGCAGCGACUGUCCCGCAAGGCCAGGCAGAAGACCAACGUCUUCGACCCUGACUACAUCGCCGGGGUCUCGCCCUUUGCAGAAAAUGACGUCUACAGCCGCGCGGCCAACCUGCAAAUCCGGGACGCGGCCCUGGGCGCUGGCAGGAGGCGCCUGAACCCCAACGCUGUGACGAAGAAGUUUGUGAAGAGGAGGUGA